CCCAGCCCCUGGAUCAUGGCAAAUCUGAGCCACCCGUCUGGAUUUGUCCUCUUGGGCUUCUCCUCCUUGGGCGAGCUGCAGGUUCUGCUCUACGGACCCUUCCUUGUGCUUUAUCUUCUGGCCUUCAUGGGAAACACUGUCAUCGUGGUCACAGUCCUUGCUGACACCCACCUCCACACUCCCAUGUACUUCUUCCUGGGCAACUUCUCCCUGCUGGAGAUCUUGGUGACCAUGACCACUGUGCCCAGGAUGCUCUCUGACCUGCUGGCCCCCCACAAGGCCAUCUCCUUCAUCGGCUGCAUGGUUCAGUUCUACUUCUACUUCUCCCUGGGUUCCACCUCCUUCCUCAUCCUGUCAGACAUGGCCCUCGACCGCUUUGUGGCCAUCUGCCACCCUCUGCGCUAUGGCACCUUGAUGAGCAGGGCUGUGUGUGCCCGGCUGGCAGGCGCAGCCUGGGCAGCUCCUUUCCUGGCCAUGGUGCCCACUGUCCUCUCCCGGGCUCAUCUCAACUAUUGCCAUGGCAACGUCAUUAACCACUUCUUCUGUGACAAUGCCCCUCUGCUGCAGUUGUCCUGCUCGGACACCAGCCUGCUGGAAUUCUGGGACUUUGUUAUGUCCUUGGCCUUUGUCCUCAGCUCCUUCCUGGUGACCCUCACCUCCUAUGGCUACAUCGUGAGCACUGUGCUGCGGAUGCCCUCUGCCAGCAGCCGCCAGAAGGCCUUCUCCACAUGUGGGUCUCACCUCACGCUGGUUUUCAUUGGCUACAGCAGCACCAUCUUCCUGUAUGUCCGGCCUGGCAAAGCACACUCUGUGGAGGUCAAUAAGACUGUCGCCCUGGUGACAUCCAUCCUCACCCCCUUCCUCAAUCCUUUUAUCCUCACCUUCCGCAAUGAGACAGUCAAGGUGGUGCUACGAGGGCAGAUGCAGAGGCUGAAAGGGCUCCACCAGGUGCCAUGAUGAGCCCAGGGACCAGGCCAGGCUCAGCCAAGUAGUUCU